GAUCUGAACGGGAGGUGCGAGAGGACCUGGGAUGGGGGCAGUAUCUGUCAGAGCUUAUAAAAGACCAGAGCAGAGCCCGCCCUGGGAACAGCUUCUCCACACUGAGCACUUGGCCAGCGCCCUCCAGAACCAGCCUGCGGACCACAGCAAAGCCCUGGGACAACAGUGAACCAGGAUGGUGACGCUGCUGAUUCUCUCCAUCCUUGUGGGCCUCUCCAGCGUGGCUGAUGGCCAAGGGGUCCAUCUGGGGUGGUGUCCUCAGCCCCCUGUCCAGGAGAACUUUGAUACCCAUAAGUAUCUCGGAAGGUGGUACGAGAUCGAAAAGAUUGCUGUCAGUUUUGAGAAGGGAAGCUGUAUCCAGGCCAAUUAUUCCUUGAAAGAAAACGGGAAGAUCAAAGUGCUCAACCAGGAGAUUCGACCUGACGGGAGCGUGAACCAAGUGGAGGGGGAGGCCAGCCAGGCCAACCUCACGGAGCCGGCCAAACUGGGAGUCAAGUUCUUCUGGUUGAUGCCCACCGCUCCCUACUGGGUCCUGGCCACAGAUUACGAGAACUACGCCCUCGUGUAUUCCUGCACCACCUUCAUCUGGCUCUUCCAUGUGGACUAUGCCUGGAUCCUAGCAAGGCGCCCACACCUCCCACAGGCUGUGGUGGGCCAGCUGAAGGGCAUUCUCACUGCCAACGGGAUCGACAUUGAGAAGAUGGUGCCCACUGACCAGAUGAACUGCCCCGAGUUCCUCUAGCAGAAAGCCUGCCACGCACAGCCUGCACCCACCUCUCGCUUUGCCCCGAGUAGAGAAAACAGCAACAUGAAAGAUGGUGCCUGGAUCCCCACUGGCUGGCGAGGCAGGCCCUCCUUGGGCAGAGGCAGCAGGGAGGGGGGAGGGGGAGUUGGCGUAGGAGCCUGGCUCCGCCUCACCUGGCUAGUCAGUCCUGGCCACCCUGGCUGACCACCAGCCCACAUCACUAACCUCCCCCAGCACAUACACACCAAAUCAGCUCCAACCACAGUCGAGACCGGCCUCGCUGAUCUGCCCAGGCCUGCUCUCACAGCCUCCCUAAUGACGACGGUUGAGCAGCCCUCGUGCUUAGCAAGGCUUCACAAUAAAGAGUCCAGGUUCAGCCUUAA